UUAUUAAUACGGCUUCCUUCGCUUUCAAUUUCACACCAUCACUUAAUCUCUCUGCUUUUUUCGUUAAUCCCGAAGCAACAUGAGGCAGCCUACAGUUACCAUGGAGGUCGGUCACGACGGCGUUGCGAUCAUCACCAUCUCCAACCCUCCCGUCAAUGCUCUCGCUCUUUCCAUUUUUGAUGGAUUGAAGGACAAGUAUGGUGAGGCCAUGCGAAGAGAUGACGUCAAAGCUGUUGUUCUCACAGGUGAUGCUGGAAAAUUCUCUGGUGGAUUCGACAUAAAUGUGUUUGAGAGGGUGCAUAGAACAGGAGAUACUUCCAACUUACCUGAGACAUCUAUUAGCGUCGCGGUCAAUUUAAUAGAAGAUGGAAAGAAGCCUACUGUUGCUGCCCUGCAGGGACUUGCACUUGGGGGUGGAUUGGAACUAGCUUUGGUUCGUGAUCUUCUCUGACAUACAAGUGUCUAAAGUCAAC